CGGUUCCCCCGCGAGCGAUCGUCGCACACAGAUUUUGAAGCGGUCAAGAAUUUGCGCGCUCCCACUUAUUCCUGCUCGUCCACUCAGUCGUUUUCAUGGACGCACCACGCUCGCUCUAAUUACUAGAAUAUUAAUCCUGUCGCUCGCUAUAUCACAACGGCACAUCGUCGUAACCAACUCUAAACAACAUGAUUAUCCCUCUUCUCAAUACGAGAUCCGGCGCAAAGACCGACUCCGAUCCCGUAGCUGCCGACUUCACCGCCGGACCGACCACCGGAGGCGGACCCAGCCAACGAACGCUCAUCAUAGUCUCCACAAUCCUCGGCUCCGCGUUCCUCCUCAUCAUCGCCAUUGUCAUCUACUUCACAAUAAGUCGCCGCCGUCGCAAGAGGCAAUUCGCAGAAGAAUACAAAAAUGCCUGUCUCCGUGACCCAGAUCUCACAUGGGAGGAGUACACCCGACGAUCGAAACUCACGCAGUCGCGCAUCAUCCUGGCCGAGGAGGAGUUGAGAGACACGAUUAUCCGCAAGUCGCUACAAAAUAGGUCAUCCGUCACAGUCACACCCAUCGCCGGCGCCGCCACUCCGGAUCUCCCCACCGAGCCCGUCUCACCACCCGCCAGGACACGGUCUAGGACGUGGCAUGGCCGCAGCAGAUCCAAGACGAGCAUCGACGCAGAGGAAGGCGAAGGGUUGCUCAAGUCCCUUAGCGGCGACUGGACCGAGCACGAAGCGCGCGUCGAGAGGACAUGGCAGCUUCUUCACAAGAAGUACCCCACGAGGCGGGUGACGCUACCGGUAGAAGAGGAGUCCGGCGGGCCGAUACGGCCGCCUACGAUCCGAUUGAAGACGCCGCCGUUGCUUUCGCAUCCCAUGUUCCGGGGCUGGAAUGCGGAAAAUACGGUGAAGCACUCGAGUUUGCCGACUUUGCCAACCGAGCUGGAGAAGAUGAGGCCCGCACAGAUUUGACGGUGUAAUGGAUCAAGAGUAAUGUUCAUGUCUAUAAUGUCUAUGACGUAUUAACGAAUAAUGGGAUUGGCCCGGACUUGGCCCAGGGCGGCGUUCGAUCAAGGUACAUAAGGAGGAUCUAUGCUACUGAAUAGGUAAUCGGGAGAAUUAGGCCAUAGACUGCAAGAUUUGACAUCUUGAAAAUAUCAACAACACGAUUCACUUAAUUCCCAUCCGUAAACAACACAAAGUCCAUUCGGACUAUUCUUCCUCAAUGUCCCAGGCUCACGGAGCUAUGAGGUAGUAGCGCUAUCUCGGGCUGGGGCAGGCGACCAUGCAUUCUGUUCC